GGCUAUAAUAGAAUCCAUAUCUGUUGUCGAUUUUUCCUCUCAUUCAAUCACAACGAUAGGGCUAUCUUGGCGCCAUGUCAGAAGAGGGAAAAGAAGGGAAACCGUCAUCUUCAAAAUCGAAGAAGCGUGCAUCUAUAGCAGAUGACUUCGAUUCAAGCUUGAAAGACAAAGAGGGAAGCUCCACGGCGAUCCCCACUAAGAUCGCCAAAGAAAAAAAGAAAAAAAAGAAAGCAACAAAAGAGGUAUCAGGGGCAGCAGAAUCAAAUCCAUCAACCCUGUCUUCUUCCUCUGCCGCACCCAAGAUCGAUAGAAAUGCGUCAAAAAAGAAGAAAAAGAAGGCCGCCAAGAAACAGUCCAAGACAAACGUCUUGGRAAGCGACAUCGAGAACUUUGACGACCACAGUGAAAAGCAAAGGGACAUCGACAGUAGCACGAAGAAGAAAAAGAAAAAGAAGAARAAAAAAGGGGAUGUAUCUCAGAAGAAGCUGGAACAAACAAAUGAAUCGGACGGCGAUGACGACGAAUCGGAUACGAUGUUUCGGGAUUCAACUUCGUGUGUGACAGACACCACUACCACAACUACUACCGAAAACAAUGCCAAACAGAUGGCGAAAGGAAUUUCUCCCAAAAAGCCCAAGGACGAAGAAACGGAAGAGGAAGAAUUUGCUCGCAGUCGGGCCGGUAGGAUCUCGAUCGUUAACAGAGACAGGGAUGACAAUAGCUCUAAUGACGAAGAAGAAGUCCAAUCACUCCAUGCAAGUAGGUCUUUCAGCCCACAGCGAUUCGCCACUAAAAAGGCCAGCUCUCGCCGUAGCAACUCGGCAGAUUUUAUUUCGGACAUGGCAGCGGCGUCGAAGAAGGGUCCAAAAAAGCACCGUGUCAGCGCGGUGAAGAAGGAAAAACUCUCCGGAAACGAUAGCACUUACCCAAUAAGUGAGAAAAAACGAGCACCACCACGCAGUGCCUCGGCAGACAAACUCAAGGAAAUGCAUUCAAACACACCUUCGAUGCGAUACUCAAAGGUCCGCAGUUCUUCGGCGGACAGACUCGUGGAAAUGCACUCCAGCUCGAAAAGAAUUGCAACGAAUCGGAAUCGGAACUCCAUCUCCCCACGCGCACCACAAUCUAGAAGAAGUUUCGAUCGGGACACAAGUGCAUCAAUGACACGGCCGAACCGAGGAGGAAGGGGACGUGGACGGGGACGAGGAAGAGGACGAGGACGAGGACGAGGAGAGCAGGAUAGAAGAAUAUCCGUUGACCAACGCCUUCAGAGAACGAGCAUGUAUGCUGAUCCUGCACCAUCGAUGCGACAACAAAAAUCACAUCGUCGCAACAAUUCCUCUCUUCGAAAUCCUCCUUCUCAGCGAAAAGGUAGCCUCCUUUUGGCACCCGACGAGCACGUAGAAUUGCUGCAGGAAUUGCAGUCUGAAAGAUCCGUGAAACGGUCACGGCGUCGGAGUUUGUCUGAGCCACCCGGUGAYGUUGACAAAGACGACGACGAUGCUGGSAGCAAAGCUGCGACCAACACCCGAAGUAGAAGCCGAAGAAAACGGUCGUCAAAGAUGCCGUCUGUCAGUGCUAGUCUCUCUCCGACUCGGCUAAACUCUUCCUUGCGUUUCCAAGAGCCAAGAAGCAUUCUUCGAAGCAGUUCCCACCACAGCAGAACAUCUCUUCCAAAAUCAUCAAAUCAUUCUGUACCUUCUGCAAUUUCUUCGAGCAACAACUCUGUGGUUUUUUCUGACAAUGUUUUCGUCUCAUCCGAUCGUGAUAGCGACAACGAUUCCUCUGAAGACUUCAACGAACCGAUUCGGUUCGACGACGGUACGGMGGGUGACGAUGGGCCUCAAAAUAUCCAACACAACGGAAGCGACAAGAAAGAUUCAUCCGGACGGUCGAGUUCUCGAUCAGGAUUGAAGAAAUCUGGUUCACAGGGAACGGCGAGUUUCAUGGGUCUUACAACUCAUUCGUUCAGGAGCAAUCGAUCGAUGAUGUCCGUCGAUUCGAAGGAGGGCUUCGAUGACGAUCCAAAAUGGAAAGCUGCCUUACGAUACAUACGUAUACUACCGCCGCACAAGAAUGAGACUUCUUCGGAAAAACAAAUCCGCAUAUUCACGUGGAYUGCUUUGUCCUUAGAUUUCAUUGCGGCAAUAGUUUCCCUUACGGACUAUGAAGGUUCUACUGCGUGUUGCGGAGAGCCCAUUUGGGAUAUUAUAAUGGACAUUGACUGGAACAUUCUAUUCCGUACUAUCACGGUUCUGUACUUGGUGUUGAUUGUUGCAGAAAUCAUUCCUGUUAUUCGAAAUGGCGUGCCUUUUAACAUCGUGAAUCCAACGAUUGGAUUCCUUAUCACAUUUGGAUUGUUCUUGGAAGAUGGUAUCCCAGCAGCUGCGACGAUGUGGGUGAUCGARGCAGCUGCCAUAUUCUUUGAAUUUCUAGUGUACAAGGUCAAUGCAAAAAUGUAUUACGAGACAUGCUUCAAGUUGAAGCAAGUCGAAGAAGACCUAGAAAAGGYWAAGAAAAGUCGCCGAAAUUUACGCGAAUUGUCCUCUCAUCAUCGCUCCAACCAUAGCUCAACCAAUGAUAUUGAAAGGGGCAGAAGCACGCAGAGGAGUCGACCGAAGAUCCCUGUUUAUCACGACGAUGUUGAUGAUAGUAGCGACGAAGAUUCUUUAUCGGGUCACAGUUUUGGUGAAGAUGAACAAUUUCAAGACGAACGACCACUCUCGGGGGAGAGUCUGGGAGGGAAACAAUCGAUGAAACCCCAAAGACCCCGACCUCCAGCUCAGCGUAUGAUAUCAAACAUGGCAUCGCAACCACCUGCGAGAAUGUCUAAAAACGUAAGAAAACCUUCGUCAUACAGAAUGGGAGCACGCUCACGGUCYAGAAGUUUGAGCUCGGAUUCCAUUUGGAGCAAUUCAGGUUCUUACACGAGCAUGGAAGAAAUAAGCAGAGCCAAAUACAGUGGGGARGUGAAGCAAAACCGACUUUUGCGUAAGCGACGAGUCUUGCGCGAGCGCAAGAAGAAGGAAGCARUUGACUUGAACUAUCAUUUCGUCGGCUCCGUAAUGAAUGUCUGCAUUGCCUUGUUUGCCAUGAUCUUAAUCAUCUGCAUUGGGAGCAUCGUAAGUAAUCCCAACCUUUGUUUGUUCGGUUCGCUUCGUUAUUCUAAUUUCAUUCUUCUCACGGCAAYUUUUUCAUACCACUUUUGUCGUUAGGGUGGUCUAUGUUUCGACAAUGAUAAAUUGAGAUUAUUCGACUUUAGCGACCAAGUUGCAAAGUGUGCUAGUGCUUGUCCCACCGGAAAUGGCAAGGAGUGCACGGACGUUUGCACAGAGGAAUCAACCCAGUGUUACUUCCCAUUUAUCUAAUACCCUAAGAGUAGCAGACACACGCAUGACUGUUAAACGAUAGGAAUGUUUGCCAAACAUGAGAUCGAAAUGAGUUCGAUCUAAAACUGGUUCCUAUACAAAGAGACAAAAUCUGUUUUUUUUGGGUCACUAACGCUAGUAUCCUAAUCAAUCUCUUAGACAAGA